UGUUCAGACAUAUCAUUUUGAAUGUGUAGUUUAGCUAAUUGUCUAGCUACCUGUCAGUUAGAGUUCGCGACUGUUGGGAACACAAAUAUUUGUGACUCCUAGUAUCCUUAGAAAUAUUUAAGCUGUUCAGGUAACUGUAUUCGCGGGACAAUGUAGCAGCAUUGAUGUAAUGUCAACCUAUCCCGACAUCGUUUGUUUACGAUGAACUCCCUGUCAACCCAGCCUCCGCCAUCAAACUCAUCAUGCAGAACGCUCCCUGGGGAGGGGAAUCGGGUGCAACCCAAAGCCCCUCUCCUGCAGAUUCUGCGUGUUGCUGGAGCCCAGCAGGAAGUCUUCACUCUCAAAGAGGUGAUGCACUAUUUGGGCCAGUACAUCAUGGGAAAACAACUUUAUGACAAGCAGAGGCAGCACAUAGUCCAUUGCCAGGAUGACCCUUUGGGUGAGCUGCUGGAAGUUGAGAGCUUCUCUGUCAAAAAUCCAAGCCCUGUGUAUGAAAUGCUCAAGAAGUAUUUGGUUGUGCUUGACGCUGCAGAGAAUCUUUCUGUGGGCCGUGAAUGUGUAGAGGGCGGAGUGGAGGAUCGUGGUCAGGUAUGUGGAGGUGUAGUCAAAGCAGGUGUAGAGGCUGGCAGUGAUGGGCCUCUCCUGCAGACCCCCUCCCAAAGACGACCACGGGAGCCAGAUGAUGACUCCCUUGAAGGUCUGCCACGAUCAGCUUGCAAACGGCCCAAGCUAGAUGUUACUCUGGAUGAGUGGGACCUGUCUGGCCUGCCUUGGUGGUUUCUGGGUAAUCUCCGUAGUAACUACAGCCGUAGGAGUAAUGGCUCUACCGACAUCCACACAAACCAACUGUCUCCUGCACAGGAAGAAGACACAGCCAUUGUGUCCGACACCACAGAUGACCUGUGGUUCUUGACGGAGGGUGAGAGUGAGCAGGUAAGCGUGGAGAUGAAAGAGGCUGCUCUGGAGGAAGGGAGUGGAGGAGAAGGAGAAGCUCCACCAGAUGAUGAUGAUGGAGGAGGGAAGGAAGAGAAGGCAGAUCGAGAGAUGCAGGAAGAGCCAGAUGAAGACUCACAGUGCUUGAGUGAUGAUACUGAUACAGAGAUCUCCACGCAGGAUGCAUGGCAAUGCACAGAGUGCCGGAAGUUUAACACACCUCUACAGAGGUACUGUGUUCGCUGCUGGGCACUAAGGAAGAACUGGUACAAAGAUGUCCCACGACUUGCCCAUUCCCUUUCUGUUCCUGACAUCCCAGCAUGCAGUUCUCUCACCACCCAUGAUGAGGAAGAUGACAGCGACACAGGCAUUGAUGUCCCAGAUUGUAGCAGGACGGUGUCUGACCCAGUUAUCCUGCCCUCCCACUCCACAGCUGACAGACCACUGCCCACUAUGGUUACAGGGAAGGGCAAGGGGCCUCGGCUGUCUGCCUUUCACAAGGAUGAGCAGCUCUCAGGGGGCGAGAGUCAAGAAAAUCUGGACAUGGAAGUUGAAGUUCGGCCUGAGGCGCUGUUGGAGCCUUGCAAGCUCUGUCGAGUGCGUCCACGUAAUGGGAAUAUAAUACACGGACGUACAGCUCACCUGCUAACCUGCUUCCCAUGUGCCCGAAGACUUCACAAGUUCCAAGCUCCUUGCCCAGGAUGUGGAAAAAUUAUUCAAAAAGUUAUUAAGAUAUUCAUUCUCUAAAAAUACGAGCGCACACUCACACAUAUUAGCUCCUCAGAAUCUAAUGUAUAAAUAUUUUGUAUUUUUAAGUGAAUUUGACCAUACAGCUGCAUGCAGUUGGGUAUUCAGUCUCUGCUCUUAAGACACCUACAAAACAUGCACCUUACCACCUAACUUUAACAAUUUCACACAAAGUAUCACACCUGGUGAUGCUAGCUUAUGGUUGAAUGGUUUGUUUUACUUCUCACUGCCUCUGAAGUAUUGUUUAAAGAAGCCUCAGAUUUUGUAAAGCAGUUUUUUUUGUUGCAGUGCCACAUAUAACAAGGGAUCAAGAAUAAGAGCAGGAGUAUUUAUUUAUUUAUUGGAGGCCAUGGUAGAGUAGCCUGCUCAUGUGAGCCUAUGGUUUCAUUUCAUUAAGGUGGGUUCUUACUGGUUUUUGCAUUUCAUUUGUUAAAUGGCUCCAGUCAAGAACAUGCAAUGCUUCCUUUUGUUUGUCUUGUUUUUUUUUUCCUCCAUUUUAAUCACUUAGGCUAAAAUGGACUAAUCACUAUCUUAAUCCAACAACAUUUUUGUGAGAUUUUUGCAGAUCUUUUUUCGUUUUUCAUUUUUGGAUUAUAAAUAUAAUCAUUGAAGGAAGAGUAGGCAUGUUGUAAACCCUAAUUUUUGAACAGCCGCAGCUACAAAACUUUUUUUAAAUGCAUUUUCUGAGCAUAAGUGAAUGUUCUAUAAUAUACAGAUGUGCUUUUCUCUGCAUAGUAUUUUAAGAAGCAGAAUAGAAGCCUGCUUGUGAAUGCACAGCUGAAGUACUUACUCAGACUUUCUUUUCGACUUAUAUUUUGAUGUUGAUAUGGAACAAAUGUGUACUAUUGCCAAGCUUUUAAUGACAGAUACUCCUGCAGUAAAUUACACCAUAUAUUUGCUGGUUAAUAUUUUAAUGCUUUUCUUCAGGAAGAAAUGAUUUACCUCCCUUCCUGAACAUAAGUAAAAAAAAAUUGUAUAUAUUUGUAUUUAAUUUAUUUAUGAUUCAGUUGUAAUUGUUCAGAUUACCAUCUCUGAUGAAGCAGACUAAAACUGCACUUGUUACAUUCAACAGCUUUUUUUUUUUUUUUUUGCUAAAGUAGCUAAGAAUGUACCCUCAGUGGAAAUGACUGUACUAUUGAGUUUGGGGAUUAAUUGAAGCGUUACACUGCCAUUAUAGUGAAUUUCUAUGUCUUUGUUUGAUAGUUCUUUUGUUUGAAGAUUGUAUUGCUGGACUUCCUUGUUUCCUUUAACGCAGUAUGUGAGCUGUCUACUAAUUCAGUAUAUGCUACAGUGUCUGCAGUAGGAGUGACACUAUAUUCAGUGACAGUAGGCAUUAUACCGUAACUCAGCUCUGCUUGGCCUAGAGGGAAUAUCGUAGUUCUUUGGUGUACUUUUCACGCGCGCUUAAUGUUUCUGCCAGCAGGUGGAGAAGUCUCUAUAUAAUAUAAUCUGGUACCACCAGAAGUUGUACAGUACCAGUAGUCCAUGUAAUACACUUAUAGAGCAUGCCUCCUGUUGUGACUUGAACCAGCACUGGGCUGGUGUGACAGCUAUAUUAGCUAUACAAAACUAUAAAGAUAACUGUAGCCUGUGGUAUUAUCUUUGUGCAACCUGACAAAGGUAUAGUAGAUACAGACCUCAUAAGAAAAUGGCAUAUUACAGAGUCAUCCCAGUGGUGCUGGUUUGAAUUGACAAUUAUAGACAAUAAAACUACAAUGUGGACAAAUAUGGUACAGAUAAUGUAGUUUUUUUUCCGCACAUGUCCAAUAAAAUCACGUUUUGUAAAGAUA